AUGGCGAAGGACUGGAAGACUGACAGCUGUAAACAGCUAAGUUAUCUUAUUUUGACACUAUUGCUCCUAACUGUGUGUGUAUCGAAUGCUUCGUCUAAUAGCUCUCCUUCUAAAGAAAUUAUACAUACUUUCAAAUACAUCGACCAUGAUGAAUUAUUGAAUUUACUGAACAGUCAAGUCGCAAACUAUCCACAUAUAGCCAAACUUCAUAAAGUUGGAGCAAGUGAAGAGAAUAGAGAUAUUGUAGCGAUACAGAUUACGAAAAACGUUAACAACAAUAAUGGUGUUGAGCCAGGCAAACCAAUGUUCAAAUAUGUCGGGAAUAUGCACGGGAAUGAAGUCAUUGGCAGACAGAUACUUAUAAAUUUGAUUGAGCAUCUUUUGGGAAACUACGGAACAGAUGAACGCGUCACGAAGUUGGUCAACGGAACAAAUAUUUAUAUCAUGCCUACGAUGAAUCCUGAUGGUUUCCACAGAGCUAGGGAAGGACAUUGUACGGGAGUUCUUGGACGGGAGAAUGCUCACCAUGUUGAUCUUAACAGAAACUUUCCAGACCAAUUUUCUGAUAGCCAGCCUCAUAUUCAAAGUGAAACAAGAGUACUAAUGAACUGGAUUAAGGAAAACAAAUUUGUUUUGUCUGCAAACUUGCAUGGUGGAAGUGUUGUUGCUAGCUACCCGUUUGAUGAUUCAGCCAUCCACAGACAAUCUGGAUAUUACAGUGCCUCACCUGACGAUGCUAUUUUCAAACAAGUUGCCACAACAUAUGCAAGCAAUCAUGGAACCAUGCACAGUGGAAAGGUUUGUGAUGGUGAUCAUUUUCAGGGAGGAAUAACCAAUGGUGCCUAUUGGUAUGAUGUGCCAGGUGGAAUGCAGGAUUACAAUUACCUGUAUAGUAAUUGUUUUGAGAUAACUAUUGAGCUGUCUUGCUGUAAAUAUCCUUAUGCAAGUGAACUGGAAAAGGAAUGGAACAACAAUAAAGAGUCUCUGGUUGCUUACAUGGAAGAGGUACACAAGGGAGUGAAGGGAUUUGUUAUGGAUGCUGAUACCAAUGAAGGUAUUCCUGAUGCUGUUAUCAUGGUGGCUGGAAUCAAUCACAACAUUACUACCGCUAGCUACGGAGACUUCUGGAGACUUCUAGUCAAGGGAAAUUACAACAUUUCUGCAGUAGCUGAAGGAUAUGAAUUAUCAUCUUUGGCAGUAGAGGUGAAAAAUGGACCAGCUACACCAAUUAACUUAAGAUUAAAGAAACAGAGUGCUGCAGGAUUUUUACGUUCCAUUGACACAGUGAGUGCAUCACAAACAGAGUCUCCAAAGUCCCUUCCUUUGACCAUGACUCAAAACCUGACUCCGGAACCAACCACCCCAAAACCAACCACCCCGGAACCAGCCACCCCGGAACCAGAGGCAGACACUUUAGAUGUACUAGUGAGCCAUAUUAACAAAAUCCGUGACGCCUCACACAGAGAAAAACUCAAAUUCAUAGAGCCAGCAGAAUUCAAGCAUCAUCACUACUCAGAGUUACAGACCCUAUUGGAAAAUUUCAAUCAUCAGUACCCUCAUAUCACACGCUUGUACAGUGUGGGUGUGUCCGUUGAAGGGAGACAACUUUGGACAAUGGAAAUUUCAGACAACCCAGGAAUACAUGAGCCAGGUGAACCGGAGUUUAAGUACAUCGGAAACAUGCACGGUAAUGAGGUCGUAGGUCGUGAGAUGUUGCUGUCACUCAUUCAACUGUUGUGUGAUAACUAUAAUCACAACCAUUUCAUCUCUCUCUUCGUGAACCUCACACGGAUACACAUCAUGCCUUCUAUGAAUCCAGAUGGAUAUGAAAUUGCUACAGAAGGAGAUCGUAUUGGAACAAGAGGACGUGAAAAUGCAAACAAUAUUGACUUGAAUAGGAAUUUUCCUGACAGAUUUGAUGUUGUCAACUCAAUUAAUCGUGUCCAGCAGCCUGAGACAGAUGCUGUGAUGAAAUGGGUAAAAAAAUACCCAUUUGUCUUAUCAGCAAAUCUCCACGGUGGUACCCUGGUGGCUAAUUAUCCAUACGAUGACAACGCUGCUGGAAUUGCUACUUACACCAAGUGUCCUGAUGAUAGCGUCUUCAAACAAGUGUCGGAGGCCUACUCCUUGGCCCAUUCUACCAUGCACAGUGGACAUCCCUGUACCGACCAAAGCGAUGAGUACUUUCAGGACGGGAUAACUAAUGGAGCUGACUGGUAUAGUGUAGCAGGAGGGAUGCAAGAUUGGAACUAUGUCUUCACUAAUUGUUUUGAGAUAACACUGGAACUGGGCUGUAUUAAGUAUCCGAUGGCUGUCAAUCUGCCCCAGUACUGGGACGCCAACAAAUAUGCUCUUCUUGUCUUCAUGGGACAGGUUCACAAGGGUGUGCGGGGAUUUGUGAUCGACAAGGAGACUGGUCUUGGUUUAUCCGACGCCAAAAUCACCAUCAAGGGUAUCAACCAUACUAUCACCACAGCAACAGAGGGAGACUACUGGCGUCUGUUAUCACCGGGAGAUUACGUCAUUACAGCCAGCCAUUACAUGUAUGCUAAUCAAACAGUACAGGUACACGUAACCUUAGAUGCAGCUGUAGUGGUCAACUUUACCCUGAGUAAGAGUCCAUUGGAGGAUUUCUCAAUAAAACAAGAUUACGACAUCAAAAAAAACAUGGCUACCAAGUACCAGUCUUUUGAUGAAAUGUCAGCUGAACUUACUGGCCUUGCUCAGAACUACUCAAAAUUCAUGGAAGUGGAAACACUUGUAACUGUGGCCAGUGGGAAAGCAGUACCCAUGGUCCACUUGUCAUCAGUUGUGGAUCUCCAUGAAAACAAAAAGCCACAUGUGCUUUUGAUUGGUGGACUCCAUGGUAACGAGCCUGUGGGUGCAGAAAUAUUGAUGAGAUUUAUCCGUCAUCUUCUGCAUGGUUAUGAUAAGAAGGACAGUCAUGUGAUGGACAUUAUCAACAAUUUCCAUCUACAUCUAAUCCCUUAUCUGAAUGUGGAAGGAUUUGAUGCCAAGCAAGCAACCGACUGUGUCUCAGAUAUGAGUAUGCAGAUGUCCACCAGUCAGCUGUCAUUGGAUAGUCCCACAAUAAUGGCACUCCUACAACAGAUGGAGAUCCACAAGUUUAGCCUUACUCUCAGUCUGGACAGCGGUGGCCUCUUCUUGGUAAUACCAUGGGAGAGGAAGAGAGAUCGAAUGUCAGCGACUGAUGACGAAGCAAUAUUUAUGUCACUCGCCCAUGCCUUCGCCGAUGGCUAUCCUUCCAUCUAUUCACCAGACAGCUGUCCGUCCUCCGUGUCACACGGAAUAUUCCACGGCGGUGACCUCAUUAGCAACAUGUCUGGUAUACUAGACAAAGCCUAUGAGGAUUACCACAAUUUUAUGAUUUCCGCUCACAUCAGCUGCUGUCGGUACCCACCAGGGAGGGAAUUACCCACUAUCUGGAUGAACUCUCUAACACCGCUCCUCGGUAUUGUGAACAGGGGCAAGCAAGCUGUGUAUGGAGAAGUUCUGAACAAUGAUGGCGAGCCUAUCAAAAAAGCCACACUUAAGGUGGAUCAUCACUCUGUGGUCAUUUUUGCCUCCGAUGAAGGAGAGUUCUACAUCAUCCUUAGUGCAGGACCUCACACCUUAGAGGUAUCUGCUGAAGGAUAUGAGUCACAGACCCAUCAGGUUCAGAUUGAAGAGGGUAAAUCUGUCGGUGUACAGGUGUCCCUUAACAAAGAGCUAGAUAAGAUGGACUUCCACAGACCUGGUAUGGUGGAACCCUUCCUCAGGGAUGUAUCCUCAAAGUGUCCUCACAUCACAAAACUCCACAGCAUUGGUAAAUCUCCAAAGAGUCAUGAUCUAUGGAUGUUGGACAUUGGAUCCCAGAAAUCUAAUGACCCUUCUUUGAACCACAUUCUUUUUGUUGGUGGUAUUCAUGGUAAUGAAGCAGUGCCUGCAGAACUACUGCUACAAUUGGCUUAUGACCUCUGUGAGAAUUACAGAAAGGAUUACUUUAUCACAAAGGCGUUGAAUAAUUCUGUCAUCCAUAUAGUACCAAGCCUGAACCCAGAUGGGGCCACCAUUGCCGUCGCAGGAGAAUGUGAUGGAAAAUCAGGAAGGAAAAACUCCAAUGAUGUUGACCUUGAUACGAAUUUUGAAAGUAAAUAUGCUAAUAGGAGUGGGGCCCAGGAAGUAGAGACUAGAGCUUUGUCUGAAUGGAUGACCCAGUCCCCUCCCACUGUCACCAUUAUCCUCAGUGGAGGGCUGCUGGGUGUCACCACUCCAUAUCGGUCAAACAACCCCAAUGCAACAUUGGGUACUACUGAAAAGGUGAUAUUAGAUCACUUAGGCAAGACCUAUGUUAACAACCAUCCAUUGAUGAAGGCUGGAAAGACUUCCUGUAAUACCUCUGAUGUACAGUUAGACAACAAUGUAGUGGCAGCUUCUAAACUCCAUCCACACUAUGGCAGUCUGUUGGACUUUUCCUACGACUUCAUCGGUUCUAUGUCUUUAGAGAUUUAUACAGCCUGUUGUGUCUACCCAGAUGGCCAUCAACUUCUGUCAGCAUGGCAUGAUCACAGAACACCACUCCUGGAAAUCAUUAAGGAGGCAACACGUGGUAUAAAGGGAUAUAUCUAUGAGGGAAGUCAAGAGAAACCUAUGGUCAAUGCAACUGUCACGGUAGUCGGUUCCCUACAUCAGUAUCCAGUAGAUGUAAAUGGUCACUACAGCCUGUAUCUGCCCCCUGGCCACUACACACUGGCGAUCAAUUGUGAAGGACAUGAGACUCUGAAAAAGAAUGUGAUUAUUGCUGAUGGUGAACCUAAAACACUGCAAAUGAAUAUUGCCAUGGAAACAAAGAAAUCUGAACUAAUUAUAACAACAUUCGCUAUAGUUGCAAUUCUAGGAAGUAUAACCCUGAGUAUAGUCCUUCUGGUGACUGUGUUAGUGUGUGUACGCUCUAAACGAGGGCCAGGCAAAGGGGGAUUUCAUCGUCUUAGUCUCAACGAUGAUGAUGACGAGGCAGAAAUCUAUGACAUGGGAUCGAAAUCAAGCCUCUUAACGACGACCCGUGAAUACCAUGAUGACACCUCCGAUGACGACGAGCAUGAUAUGUAUGAUAAACGGUUGAUGCGACGUUAA